AUCGGCGCGGAUACCAAGCUCACGAGUAAGUCAACAUGGCGGCGAGAAAGCGAAACAGUAAUUCGCAGAUGUAGAAACUCAGGAAAGUCACUUUCACUGUCCUUUGCAGUGGCGGUGGAUAUUUUACCAAUUUUGGACUGAAUACUCUUCUAUUUAGUCUGUGACUUAAAGAAGACAGAAGGAGUCAAAAGCCUUGAAAUAUGGUCGACUGCAAGGGUGGAAAGAACUUAUUUGGAUUCGCCGUCGCUAGACCGCCAUGUGUUGUUUUUAUAGUUUGUCUAGCAGCCUUCGCCAUUGGUUUAUAUUCCCUUGGCUGUUUCAUUAAGACGUAUGGUUGGUUUGACACGGCGAGUGCUCGUGAAGAGAAAUGGGGUUCUGUACUAGGCUAUUUGAGUUCCACUGAAUUUUGCAUAUUUGGUAACCAAAGCUUCUCUGGAAAUACCACUGGUUACAAUUCUACAAACAUAACUGAUGCUACACCUACUGGGUUUACUACAGUAACCAUACCAAUCCUUCAUCUGGCUUUGAACCCCUUAGUUAAUUUCAGUUCUGUAGUGGAGAAUGUUACCCAUGUUUCAGCACAAAUACCAAUAUCAGAAUUGGGUUUAAAAGGUUUCCAGGGAAGUUCACUGAUCAAUGUCACGUUUUUUUUUCACCAACCAUGGUUCAUGGAUUGCCAAGACAAAUGUAGACCAAUGUAUUUGGAAGCUUGUGGAUUUGUUACUGUUCCAAGUGAGAUUGUCCCAAAACAUUUGCAGUACAGAAGGACGUGCAACAGGUCAUCAGAGUUCCAUGUUGUAGAAAUGGUCAGCAUUACCACACAUGAAGAAAAACUUUGUUUCAGUGGUAUCAAGGCUGAGACAUCUCUGCCACUGAAUCAGCAGCAUGCCACUACUGCAACAAUGACAAUGGUUGAUGUUUCAGCUGUUAAUCUAAGACUGCAGUACUCAAGUUACUUCUUAUUUGUGAUGGUGAUCACCUGUGUGCUCUAUGGAAUGAUCAAAGGAAGACCAGUCAAACAAAGUAAAAAGUCAAACCUUCCACUAUGAAGCCACUCGGAAAGGAGUUUAAUUAUAUUGAAUUGCCAAAUUCAUUCAUCAUGCCCACAGUUGAAUUUAUGUUGACAUACUGUAUAAUUAGUACAUCAAUAGAAAAAUAUCAAGCACAUAUGCACUUGUAAAUGGCUUGAAUAUAGCAAAUAAAUUAAGCUUUUUAAUUGAGUUUAGCAUGCUUGCAAUGCACUGUAAGUAGGAAAUGCUAAAAUUUCUUUUCAGUAAGCUGGUUAAGGGCUUAGAUGUGGUUGUAACCAGAUGGAGACAAGCAGUCACUAGAGUUAUAAAUGUGAUAGGAAUCUCAUUAUCUGGAAAUAAUUCUGAUGGAAAUUUGGUUUCCUUAUUGUACUAAUAUUGGACUAAACCCAGAAUUGAUUUAUUUUCCUGUAUGAUUAUGUCAACUUUGAUCACAAGGUAUUGGUUAUUGUCAAAUGUAGAUAACUGUUCAGCUUUCCUCAGCUGUAUGUUGAAAUAUGCAAAAUAAAAUGUUUAUGAAAAAAUGUUGUUAACAAUGG